UGAGGUCAGAACAAUUUAUUUGACAACACAGGACCAAGAAAAGAACAAAUGGUGCGAUCGGGGGAAAGGGAGGCGGCGGCGACGAUGAUGAAGUGCGUGUCGUGCAAGGAGGAGUACGAGGCACGUGACGCCGGCACGUGCAGGGAGUGCUACGAGGAGGCCAGCGAGACCGAGGAAGAGCUCAAGGGUGAGAUCGAGGACUUGAAGGCCAAAGUCGCCUUCCUCCGUUUCUGGGCCCCACUCGACCACAGGUCCCGUCCUUGCUUCACCGACGUCGUUCUGGUCGCCUCCGAUCACGAUUCCGGUAGUCCGGCGACCAACCAUGUUCCCGUCCCGGCCCAUAAGGCCGUUCUAGCCAGCCGUUCCCCUGUAUUCAGAGCCAUGCUUGAAAGUGAAAUGGAGGAAAGCCUGAGUGGCACCAUCAAGAUCAGUGAAGUAUCAUACGAUGCUCUUCGCUCCUUUGUCAACUAUUUGUACACUGCAGAAACAUGGCUUGACGAGCAAAUGGCUUGUGACCUUCUAGUCUUGGCUGAAAAAUAUGAAGUGAAGCAUCUCAAGACCUACUGCGAGAAUUUCUUGGUGUCCAAAUUGGACUGGGAGAAUUCACUCAUGACCUAUGCCUUCGCUUACCAGCACAAUGCAAAGGACUUGCUUGAUGCAUCCUUGGCAUUGAUCAUGGGCAACAUGGACAAGCUAAGUAAGCGAGAGGAGUAUAUAGAACUCGUGGAAAAGGAUCCCCGGCUUGUGGUAGAAAUCUACGAAGCUUAUCUCUCCAAGCAGGUUAAUACUGCUGCUCCAAAGGAUUCUUCCAUGAAGACAUAGGCUAGUGAAGUUAUGAUUUUUGGGCUAUAUAUGUUAAUCUGAGGCAAGAUUAUCCUCCAUUUUGGUUUUUUUGAGUUUUUCAUUGGAUGCAAUCCUCAUCUACUUAGUGUUCAUGAGCAGGUUAACUCUGAAUGUAAAUGAUGUUUUAGUUCCAGAUUACCUGUUUAAAAAGGCUUAAUGGUUUUCAAGAA